AUGCAUGCCAUCAGCAAACGCAUUACCAAGUUUGACGGGAAACAUACUGACUAUGUCCUAGAGCGUCAGGUUGCUGAGCGAUCUGUCCUUAUCAAGAACAUGCUUGACGAUCUAGGUGAUUCUGGAGAGCCCAUCCCAAUUCCAAAUGUCAACGAAUCAGUUUUGAAGAAGGUGGUGGAAUGGUGCGAACAUCACAAGAACGAUCCUCCUAGCUCCGGUGAUGACGAUGCCGAUUCUCGACGCAAGACGACCGAUAUUGAUGAGUGGGAUCAGAAAUUUAUGCAAGUCGAUCAAGAAAUGCUUUUUGAGAUCAUUCUGGCUGCAAAUUACCUUGAUAUCAAGGCUCUGCUAGAUGUCGGAUGCAAGACCGUCGCCAAUAUGAUCAAGGGAAAGUCCCCAGAGGAGAUACGGAAAACAUUCAAUAUUCAGAAUGAUUUUACUCCGGAGGAAGAGGAUCAGAUCCGCCGUGAGAAUGAAUGGGCUGAGGAGUAA